CUCCGGAGCCGCCCCCGCCCGCCCCCUCCGCGCGUCCUCCCUCGCUCGCUGCGCAGCGGAAACAUGGCGGCGGGCAGGGAGUGAGCUGCUCCGCGUCGCCGCUGCGCCCGCAGAUUUCUCCAUCUCGCUAAGGAGGAAAUUCCUAUUGGGUAUAGCUGAUGGUACCAUGCAAAAAUCAGAUCCUCGGAAAGAUGGAGAAAUUAACAUACAGAGAAACUGACUUGUCAGAGGUCAGAGCAAGGUAUUGGUGGAUCCAGGGGUAAAUCCCAAACCUCUUAACUCCCUGACCAGUUUUUAGGCCAUUGACUAUGCAACCUAGCGUAAUAGACUGGAAUGAUGUUAGAAAACAUAAAUAUGGUCACCUAUCAGAGUCAGCAUCCCAAUAUCAAGAAGCUACUGACAUCCUGGAGCUAGGGUUGUUAAGAAGAUUACAUGAGCUAAUGGAUGUGAAAACAUCUUAAAAACUCUCAAAUACUUUUCAACUUUGGAGGAUUAUUAUUUUCAUUUGUUCAGCGACUAUCCUCAGACUUUAAGUCAAAUCUUGUGACAUUCUUUGAAGUGAAGCAUUCUAUGAAUAUGAGCUGAAGAAAUGAAUGAAAUGAAAUAAUGCAGGUCAUUUUACCUGGGACAAAUACCUAAAAGAAACAUGUUCAGUCCCAGCGCCUGUCCAUUGCUUCAAGCAGUCCUACACACCUCCAAGCAACGAGUUCAAGAUCAGCAUGAAAUUGGAAGCACAGGAUCCCAGGAACACCACAUCUACCUGUAUUGCCACAGUAGUUGGACUGACAGGCGCUCGCCUCCGCCUUCGCCUUGAUGGCAGCGACAACAAGAAUGACUUCUGGCGUCUGGUUGACUCAGCUGAAAUCCAGCCUAUCGGGAAUUGUGAGAAGAAUGGGGGUAUGCUGCAGCCCCCUCUGGGAUUUCGGCUGAAUGCUUCCUCUUGGCCCAUGUUCCUUUUGAAGACGCUAAAUGGAGCAGAGAUGGCUCCCAUCAGGAUUUUUCACAAGGAACCACCAUCGCCUUCUCACAACUUCUUCAAAAUGGGAAUGAAGCUGGAAGCUGUGGACAGGAAGAACCCUCAUUUCAUUUGCCCAGCCACUAUUGGGGAGGUGCGGGGCUCAGAGGUGCUUGUCACUUUUGAUGGGUGGCGAGGGGCCUUUGACUACUGGUGCCGCUUCGACUCCCGGGACAUCUUCCCUGUGGGCUGGUGUUCCUUGACUGGAGACAACCUGCAGCCGCCUGGCACUAAAGUUGUGAUUCCAAAGAAUCCCUAUCCUGCCUCCGAGGCGAACACUGAGAAGCCCAGCAUCCACAGCAACACCAAAACUGCCUUGGAUCAUCAACCAGGGCAGAGGGGGCGUAAACCAGGAAAGAAGCGGGGCCGGACACCCAAGCCCCUAAUUCCCCAUCCCAUCUCUACCCCAUCCAAGUCAGCUGAACCUUUGAAAUUCCCAAAGAAGAGGGGUCCCAAACCUGGCAGUAAGAGGAAACCUCGGACUUUGCUGAACCCACCACCCACCUCACCAACAACCAGCACCCCUGAACCGGAUACCAGCACUGUACCCCAAGAUGCUGCCACCAUCCCCAGCUCAGCCAUGCAGGCCCCCACAGUUUGUAUUUACUUGAACAAGAAUGGCAGCACAGGCCCCCACUUAGAUAAGAAGAAGGUCCAGCAGCUCCCUGACCAUUUUGGGCCAGCCCAAGCCUCCGUGGUGUUGCAGCAGGCUGUGCAGGCUUGCAUCGACUGUGCUUAUCACCAGAAAACCGUGUUCGGCUUCCUCAAACAGGGUCACGGUGGUGCAGUUAUCUCAGCCGUGUUUGACCGCGAGCAGCACACCCUCAACCUCCCAGCAGUCAACAGCAUCACCUACGUCCUCCGCUUCCUGGAGAAACUCUGCCACAACCUUCGCAGUGACAAUCUGUUUGGCAACCAGCCCUUUACACAGACUCACUUGUCACUCACCACCACAGAGUACAGCCACAGCCACGACAGGUACCUACCAGGUGAGACCUUUGCCCUGGGAAAUAGUCUGGCCCGGUCCUUGGAGCCACACUCAGACUCAAUGGACUCCACCUUGAAUCCCACCAACCUUGUCAGCACCUCCCAAAAUCUUCGAAACCCUGGGUACCGGCCUUUGCUUCCAUCCUGUGGCCUCCCACUGAGCACUGCCUCGGCUGUGCGCAGAUUCUGCUCCAGGGGGUCGGACCGCCGGGAUGCCUCUCGACAGAGUGGCCGGGACCCCUCCUCGUGGACAGUCGAGGACGUGAUGCAGUUUGUCCGGGAAGCUGAUCCUCAGCUUGGACCCCAUGCUGACCUCUUUCGCAAACACGAGAUCGAUGGCAAGGCCCUGCUUCUGCUGCGCAGCGACAUGAUGAUGAAGUACAUGGGUCUGAAGCUGGGGCCUGCACUCAAGCUCUCCUACCACAUUGACCGGCUGAAGCAGGGCAAGUUCUGAACAGGGAGACGCAGCCUAGACAACCGAGGGACCGAGCAGAGGGGCCAUUCUUCUCCCAGGAAGGAGGGCCGUCGGCCCCUUCCCAGGCACCUCAGUGGGGUCCGAGGCUGCCUCAGGACUCCAGGAGGCUGUGUGGAGCUGCCAGCACUGCCCCUCCUGCCAUGGUAUGUCCUUCCAUGAAGGGCCGAGGCGGGCAUGGGGCCCCGGGUUGGCGCUGCUCUUCCCCUCAGCCCUGCCUCGGCUCUGAGGUCUCCUGUAUUUAUUGCUCAGGCCUGGCCGGCCUCUCCCCAGGAGCUUAGACUGAACGCCUUCCAAGUGAUGGAGGAAGGGGCUGACCCCUGAGGCCUCGGAAGACGGGGCCCUGAAGUGACACUCGUGCCCGGUCCCCUCACCACCCGCUGGGCCUGGUGUGGCUCCCCAUUGCCCCACGGCUCCUGCCUUCUUCUCACGAGAUCCGCAGACUCCAAACUCAUGGUGCAGACCUCUACCUUUUUUAAGAAAAGAUCUUUUCUUAUUGUUAAUUUAUUGUUUCUGGCACUUGGGCAAGCCCUCCAGUUCAUACCCCUCUCGCUCCAGACACUGGGUUUCAGGAGGAGGGAGACUGCCCUGCCCCGGCCCCAGACAGGCCCUCUCCAGAGCGGUGUGGCCCCUUUUCAGAGGACAUUACCUAGGGUCCCUGUCCCCUUGCCUCUCUUCCUCCGCUGGGCCCUCUGCAGCCUCUGCCUCAUCUGUGGGAAUGGGAGUCCCUGCCCUGCACUGUCCCCACCGCAGCUCCUUGCCCUGGCCAGAAUUUCUGCUGAAGAAGGUUGGGCCCAAUGAUUUUAAGCCAAGAAGGCCCUAAGAUGGAUGGGAGAAAGGGGUCUCUAGGCUGGAGUCUGGUUGUACCCACUCCACUGUCCACAUGCUUCCUUUGUAAGCAAGUCAGCAGCACAGCUGCCCCCGCUGCCAUCUGGACUUACUUAUUUUAUGUCAAUUUGUUUAUAAAUAAAAAACAAUAUAGAUGCC